AGGUGGCAGACAAAGCCUGACCUGCCUGAGCGUGCUCCAUCAGUCCGGGAAGGAGUGAGGUUGUGUCAGAAUGUCGCCCAAUUGGCUAGAGGAGGAAAACUACUCCAGCUUUGGCACAUCCAUCCCACAGGUAUGGAGGGUCCGGUGGCACAGCUUUGCAGUGUUUGGAUGACCUCCUUGCCAUGAAUGUUUGAUAAUCUGAGCAGAAAAAAGCACCUGGAGAGAAGCACAGUCAGCAGAAUAGCUGUAUAGUCACUUAACUGCAGUCCUCAGCAGUUAUCUGGAGGCAUGCAUAGCAAAAGGGAAAGAAUAUAAGCUAAAGAAAGUGGGGAUUAUUACAUGGCUUGGAAUGCGUGGGAGCAGUGACAGGAAAUCAAAGCCCUACAGUGAGAAACAGGCACAUGAAACCAUCAUGUCCUUUAUCAUAACAUGAAAAUGCAUAAUUUUCUAUGGGUGCAGGCACGUCACAAAUAAAUGAGUUUUCUCAGAUAUGUAAACUCCUAUGGUCCAAGGAAAAGUUCACAUAACCACUAUGUUGCAAGAAGUUUUGUUAAAGUUUUGUUAAAAGUGUUCUGUUCUUUAGAUCAGCUUGAACCGUCACCAUGGGUGGUAAAACUUCAAAAGGAACAGUAACAGCGGAAUGUGAUGGGCUGAUGGCUCCCAUGGAACAAAGAGAUCGCCUAGAAGCACAAGCUCAUUCUUUCCCCACUUCAACGAAGAACACAUUAAACAUUGCCUUCACAGGCGAGAGUGGUGCUGGUAAAUCUUCUCUUGUCAAUGCUCUGAGGGGUAUGAAGACAGAUGAAGGACCUGGUGCCGCCACAACUGAUGUGGUGCAAUGUACAAUGGGAGCCAAAGCAUAUGUGCACCCCACGCAUCCAGAAAUUACAUUCUGGGAUCUCCCAGGCUCAGGAACACCUGAGUUUAAAGCAAAGAAAUACAUAAAAGACAUGAAAUUGAACCAGUAUGAUUUCUUCAUCAUCGUUAGUAAAGAACGAUUCACGGAGGCUGAUGCCCAGUUGGCCUCUGCAAUUCAUAAAAUGAAUAAGAAAAUUUUUUAUGUGCGCACAAAAUUGGAUGUCGAUCUAGAGAAUGAAAGAAAGAGACCAAACUUCAGUCAGGAAGAAACUCUGGAGAAGAUAAGGAAGGAGUAUUUGAAAGAAGUAAAAAGAGAAUCUUCCCCAAAACUUUUUCUCAUAUCAAGGUGGGAUUUGGAGAAAUAUGAUUUCCCUGCUCUUGAACAAGCCUUAUGGGAUGAAUGUGACAACCUCAAGAGACGUGCCUCAAAACUGCCCCUGGGUGGACGUGCCAGAUCAACAAAACCUUUGGGAGGAGGUUACCUGUUGGAUGCCAUCUCAAGCAAAAACUUAUCAUUUGGCCUUGAAAAGAUGAAAUCUGCUUUGCAAGAAAAAGACAUAUUGGCUAUUUCUGCUGAAAGUCGUGAAGUGCUGGAUUUGCUGGAAAAAACCACCCUUAACAUCGCUGUCACCGGAAGGGCUGGUGCUGGUAAAUCAUCCUUUGUCAAUGCCCUCAGGGGUAUGACUGAUGAUGAAGAGGACUCAGCUGAUACUGGGGUGACACAGACCACCAUGGAUGCAAAGGGAUAUAAACAUCCCUUAUUCCCAAACGUCAUGUUAUGGGAUCUGCCAGGAAUUGGAACACCAGAGUUUAAAGCAGCAGAAUACCUAAAGAAGGUUGACUUUGAGAAGUAUGAUUGUUUCAUCAUCAUUGCUUCAGGGCGUUUCACU